AUGAGUAAAACUUCUUUUGCUGAGUAGUUGUAAUCAGACAGAAGCCAAGAGAGUUAAUCAGAAUCAUCAGAGUUUAAAGUUGAAUUACGAAAACAAAGAGGUAGUUAAACAGCCAAUGCCGAAGCUAAACGUUACCAUAAAAUUCCAUUAAAAACACAAAUUUUAUUGUUUUAGAUGGUCUUUUCAUAAGGAAAACGAAUAAAAUAGGUAAUUACCUAGUAUACUAUAUUUAGGUUGCGAAAUAAUUAGGAAUGAAUUACUCAAGUGCAAAGUCUUUGAUUCAUUAUUAUAAAAAUAAUAAAAGACCAACUCCCACAGCGAUUUCUAGCAUUAUAACCUUAAAUAAAGCCUGCGGUAUCAAGAAAACGAGAUAAGGAAAUAAUAAUUUUUUCGUUGAUAUACGAAUUAAAAAAAAAAGGAUUAGGAAAUACAAUUAUUAUCAACUGUUAAACCAAGAACAGAACAAAAUAACCAAUUGA